AUGUCAUCUUCAACUUCAUCGUUCGCCUUUCCUGUCCUCAGUGACACCCACCCUGGUGACCACUCCCUACCUGCCUUCAUGGUAUCAACCACCCGUGGCUUUCUACCUCGUCAGAAUCCUGUCGUUGAGCUGCCAAAGGAGUUUGCAGCUGUCGAAUCGUUACUCCAACGCAUGCCUGUCAAGACACUGUCAGGGGAACCGGGCCUGCUCGCUAAGUUCACCUUUGGCGACACCUUGGUAAAAGAACUCCCUGACCUGACCGCCGAGAUCGAGAAGCAUCGCGAUGACCUCGUUGUCAUGAAUGCUCUGUACCGCGACUAUUCCUUCCUGGCUUCAGCAUACCUCCUCGAGCCAUGUCAUGAGAGAUACCUUAGGGGAGAACCGUAUGGUUUAGGCCGCCAAUCGCUGCCUCGCUGCAUUGCGCUGCCCAUUGUUAAAGUCGCUGAGAUUGCCGGUUUCAAGCCCUUCAUGGAGUAUGCUGGCUCGUAUGCGCUUUUCAACUACCGUUUGGAGGAGCCAGAAAAGGGCCUCGAAUACGAGAACCUUAGAUUAAUUCGCGCCUUUGAGCAUGGCCUGGACCCUACUUCUUCCGAGGCCGGUUUUGUGCUCGUCCAUAUCGCGAUGGUCAAGGAGUCUGGGGCGCUAGUUAAAGGUGCUGUAGAUAUGUUGGAGGGCUGCACGACGCGUGAUCGAGAACGGUUUGAUGAAGGUCUGCGGACGUUGGUCGGCGGUUUGAGAAAUGUCAAUGCUGUCAUGAAUACAAUGUGGAAUCGCAGUAAGCCCCAGAGCUACACCACCUUCCGUACGUUCAUUUUCGGCAUCACAUCGCAGUCAAUGUUCCCGAAUGGGGUCAUCUACGAAGGUGUGAGCGAAGAGUCAAUAUCGUUUCGAGGUGAAUCUGGAGCCAACGACAGCAUGAUCCCGAUGUGUGACAAUCUUCUCCAGAUCAAGAUGCCAGAGACGCCACUCACCGAAAUCCUCGAGGAUUUCCGUCAAUACCGCCCUGGUAACCACCGCGAGUUCCUGGAAGCUGUUCGCGACUGCGCUCAACAAUCGGGUGUUCGAGAGUUUGCGAAAGGCGACUCUAUAUCGGCUGCGCUGUAUCUCCAGGCUCUUGACCAGGUCCGCGACUUCCGCUGGCGGCACUGGUGCUUUACACGCGAGUACAUCCUUAAGCAUACGUCGCAUCCCACGGCGACUGGAGGGAGCCCGAUCGUGACAUGGUUGCCAAACCAACUGACUGCUGUACUCAUCCAGAUGGUAGAGACGUCGGAGUUCUGCAAGUCAGUAAAGGGCGUUAGUGACAUUAUGGACACUGCCAACCAGCAACGGGAAACGCUGAAGAAGGAAGUGGCGAAGUAUUGCGGCGAGCGAGGCAACUCUCGCACACUCCAGCAAUCGCCACCAUUCAAUGACAGUUGCAAGACAUCUCAUGGAACAUUCACGUCUCCCUCGAAUACCAAACGUACGGCGAACCUUACGGAACACGUCCUGAGAGAGCCACCCUACAUAGACAGCAUGACCUCAAGAUACACAGCAAAACAGAACCCAAUAGACCGACGGAAGGGCGAGUCUGCGCUCAGCGAGUUCGCCGACUACGUACAAAAACAGCAAGCACUGCGCCGCCCGCCAGGCCAGCCGCCCGCCGUCCUCGAAGACCACGAUGAGUUGAGCAUAUUAGACGAGCUUGGUCUGUCUGAUGACAUCAAGUCACACAUUCGCUUGAAGACACUCCUUACCGAUCCCGCCGAAGAGAACGUUGUUGCCCUCGCUGAGCACGUCAAGGAGCGGCUAGUAGAGGGCCAUGGUGAGGUCCUCUUCGAUGUUGGGCUAGAGGACAGCGGCGAAUCCAUGGGCUUUUCGAAGGAGAACUGGAGCUUUGCACUGGAGAGAAUUGGGACAGUAUGCGAGCAGAUAAAGGCCGACUACAAGCUUUUGAUGACAAGAAAUGUGGACGGCGACGUUGAAGUAGGACCCCGAGACGCAAAGGAUACAGGAGCAAGUGGGAAGAUGAUCCUGAGGCAAAGACCGCAGAGUGUCGAUGAUGUGAUCGAGACGAGGAUAGCAGUCGUGGGAAAUGUCGAUGCUGGCAAAAGUACCAUGCUCGGCGUGCUUGUCAAAGGCGGUCUAGAUGAUGGCCGCGGCAAAGCACGUGUGAACCUCUUCCGCCACAAGCACGAGGUCGAGAGUGGACGAACCAGCUCCGUCGGUAUGGAGAUCAUGGGCUUCGACAGCAAGAGUGAGGUUGUUGUCUCGAAUGUUGCCGGCAGAAAAUUAACAUGGGAGGAGAUUGGAAGGCGCUCUGCGAAAGUGAUCAGCUUCACCGACCUGGCGGGACACGAGAGGUACCUGCGCACCACUGUCUUCGGCCUCUUAUCUAGCGAGCCAAACUACUGUCUCUUAAUGGUGGCUGCUAACAACGGCCUGGUGGGCAUGAGCAAAGAACAUCUUGGUAUCGCUCUUGCGCUCAAUGUGCCGGUCAUGGUUGUUAUCACCAAAAUCGACAUAUGUCCACCGCAGAUUCUUGAGCAGACCAUCACUCAGUUGACCAAAAUUCUCAAGUCUCCAGGCGCACGAAAGAUCCCGAUCUUUAUCAAGAACAGGGAAGACUGCAUUCAGACUGCUACUCAAUUCAUGUCUCACCGAAUCUGUCCCAUUUUCCAGGUUUCCAACGUCACGGGACAAAAUCUUGAUCUAGUCCGCAUGUUCCUCAACGUCCUUCCACACCACGGCAACUACGAUAGCUCUGCACCCCUCGAGUUCCAUGUCAACGACACCUUCUCUGUUCCAUUUGUUGGUACCGUUGUCUCUGGUGUGGUCAAGUCUGGUAUCAUUCACUCUGGCGACACAGUUCUUAUCGGACCAGAUGGCCUAGGUCAGUUUCAGAGCACAAAAGUACGCUCCGUCGAGCGGAAACGGAUACAAGUGGCUGGAUGUUCCGCCGGCCAAUCUGCUAGUCUCGCACUACGCAACGUUCGACGGAAGGAUGUACGGAAAGGCAUGGUCGUCUUACACAAGGCUGACAAGCCUGAUCCAACUACAGGCAUCAUACCGAACCCUAAGGUUUAUCGCGAGUUUGUUGCGGAGGUAUUGAUUCUGUCUCAUGCGACUACCAUCAAGACCAAAUACCAAGCAAUGCUUCAUGUUGGUCCUAUAUCUCAGACAUGUGCGAUCAUCGACAUCGACCGUCAGUACAUCCGAACCGGCGACCGUGCGCAGGUAGCUUUCAGAUUCGUGCAGCGGCCGGAGUACUUGACCGUCGGCGACCGGAUACUGUUCCGUGAGGGCAGGACGAAGGGCUUGGGUAUCGUGAAGCGUGUGGGCUACGAUCCGAAACACCCACUCAAUCCGGAGUUGCAAAAAGAGCAGGACAAGGGGGAGGGGAACCACCAAGGUGGGAAGAAGGUCGAGAGUUCGUGA